GUAUUGUGGGAUUCCUCUGUUGUCAGCUGUGUACGCCACAGAAGGUAUCCAUCCCAGAGAGACUCAUGGAUGUGGAGUUAGAUGAAGACCUGAGUCCAGAAGAGAAGGAGACUCGUUCUCGCACCGUAGCAAAGAUAAAAAGCCUACUGUCUAAGUCGAGUGUGAAGUCUAUGGAUGCCGAGCAGACAGAUUUCAGUGAGCUGGAUGAAGAGCUGCAGCAGCAGGAGAGGAUCAUGAGCGUUCAUCGAGCUCUCGCCACAGAGGCCUCCAUAAAGAGGAAGCAGAUCACCGCCAAAGCCAUGUCUGAGUGCUAAAACGUGUUGAGAAGCUUUCUUGGGAACCAAAGAUCAAUUGUUUUGUGUGUGU